AUGUAUCUGACCAAUCUCACCACUUUGAUUUUGGAGGGCGAUUACCAUCCAAAGUUGGGAGAUACCCUACAAGCAUUCUAUCAACAAUCCAAACGAUUGGAGACUUUGGUCGUCAAAUUGCCAGACUUGGACGAUGUCCUCAACGUUCUCCCUCGCAAUGGACACAGCACAAUACAAUCAUUACAUAUCCAACUCAGCGAUACCGAUCUGUUGGCAAGAUCAGAAAUGGACAAGGACAACACAUUACGAUCUGAAUUGGAAACAAUGGUGCAACUUCUUGGACAACCAAUAUUCAAUCGAUUGACGAGGUUCACCAUCCAUCUGGAUCAAGACUUUAAAGGUCGUCGUAUCACCCCACUCAAUCAAACACUCGUGGCAUCAAUGUUGAAGCCAUUGCACUUCCAACCUGAUGCCUACGACAGGACUGCCUUCUACAGACUAUCUGACUGA